GUGCGAGCCGUUUGGAGCAUGGCGCUGGCGUUCCCGCGGCUGGUGCUCUGUGAGGAGAAGAUUAGGGAGAAGAGCGGCCUGGCGCCGAACCGCGACCUGGGUGCGCGGCGGCGGGCGGCUCCCAAGUGGUCGCAGGCAGAGCUGCGCUGAACUUCAGUCACUGUCGAUUCCUGGAACUUACCAAGAAAAGAUUACUCACCUAGGAAAUUCUUUGAUGAAUUUAACAGGUCUAAAAUCUUUAGAUCUCUCCUGCAACUCCUUGGUUAGUCUAGAGGGCAUCCAGUGUCUGGCUGUGCUGCAGAGUCUCAACCUCUACUACAACUGCAUCUCCUCAUUAGCAGAAGUAUUUCGGCUUCGCUCCUUGACUGAACUCACGGAUGUGGACUUGCGACUGAACCCUGUGGUCAAGACCGAGUCUGGCUACCUCCUGUUUGUUGUGCAUAUGCUCCCAAAGCUCAGGCAGCUUGAUGACCGUCCUGUGAGAGAGAGUGAACGCAAAGCAUCCCAGCUACAUUUUGCUUCAGAGGAGUCACUCGACUCGAAGCAGAGCAUCCCAGAUGUUUUCAGAGCUAGAAGACUGUGCCGUUCCAGAGCCAUGUGCACUGACCCCUCAGCCAAGAAGUGCCUGGUCAUGGACGCAGAUGAUGAGGCGGUCCUGAACCUCAUUGCUGAGUGCGAAUGGAACUUGGGCAACCCUCCUGGGAGCACAAGCUCCAGCCAGAGGGAGCGAGAGGCUGGCUUCCAUGAAGCCUCCACAGACCUUGAGGACUCAGCCCCUUCUUCUCAGACGUCAAGUUUGUCGACACAAAAGGGGUUGAAUCCUUUGCCUGCUCCCAACAAGCACAGGAAGCAAAGAAUGCUUGGCGGGAGAUUCCAGGUGCCUGCAGACGAGGAGUGCCCAAGCUGCCCGGUGCGGCCAGGCGGGCCCUCCAGCCCCGAUGAGGGUCUGAGCCAGCAGAGCAGCUGGGAGGGCCAGAGCGGGGUGGCCUUUCCCCCCUCUGGGGUGCCAGAGCCCGAAGAGCGGCGGCCCCAUGGCAUGAGCGGCCCCAGGAAGGUGUCUCCCAAACCGCUGUCCACUGUGCUGCCUGGGAAGAAGACUGCCCUGGAGGCGGUGCUUCUGGAGGCGCUCCUCGACCUGGUUGACAGGUACUGGAGCGGCUACAAGUCCCUGCACAGCAAUGAGACAUUCCUAGCUCAGGCAAGGCAUAUUUUGUCAUCUGUUCAAGAAUUUACAGCAACUCAGGACAACUCAACAAUUAUGAAUGAGGAAAUCCACUCCCUAACUCUUGAGAAAAAGUCUUUGCAAAGUCACCUUGCUGAGCAGCAGAACAGCGUGAAAAUGAGCGAGGUGCUGUCAGAGCUCAGCCAUGUGCAGGAGGAGGUGGGUGACUUAAGGCAACAUUUACACAAAUGUUUAGAGGAGAACAAUAGCUUAAAGUCCCUUUUGUUCAGUAUGAAAGAGGAAGUAAGAAAUGCAGAUGCCUCGGCCACAUUAAACUUGCAGAUCACUGGACUGCAGGCUGGUGUGAAGAAGCUGUCUGGGGAGAUGGCGGAGCUGAGGCAGCACCUGGAGCAUUACGACAAGAUCCAGGAGCUCGUUGGGAUGCUGCAGGAGAGUCACAGGAGCUGGGCCAGGCCCGCGUCCAGCACAGGGCCGAGGCGGAACAGCUGCACUGGAGCUACAGGAAGCUCAGGAAGACCAUGGCCCUGUUCCCGCGCAGCAGGGACAGCAGCGCUGGGCGUGUCCUGGGCUCCCCUCCAGGCUCUGUGGGCUGAGGGUCUCCCACCUCCAUCCCUUCCGUUGGUAAUUACCUUGUGAGUUUUGAAAGGUAUUCAGGGCUGGUAGCUCAGUUUUCUAGAACAUCUGCAAAGACAGGAUUAACCGAAGCCCUUUGUUAAUCUGCUUGACAUGUUCUGAGACGAGCAGAUCAGUUUUUCAUCACAUAUCUUCAGAUAAAGAAUAUGCAUACAACACUAAACUAUGUUUUCUACCUUUAUCUUGUAUCUACCUACCACUUCAGCAUUUUAUUAAAAAUAAUAAUAAUAAAGAGAGAAAUGUGGUAUCCACAUAUAAAUCAAGUAUA